AUGACAAGCUGCGUACGCUCAUUCAGCCAAGUGAAGGUAAUUCUCCCUUACCUUCGAGCAUCGAUGGGACAGAAUCGACUCAGCGAUCUGGCCCUUCUGAGUGUGGAGAGGGAAGCACUUGAGAAGAUUGAUUUUGAUGAUGCAAUCAAUCAGUUUUGCGGUACACAACUACUGUCUGGACGCUUAAAGCUACGAUACUCCUUUAUUGUUUUGUCCAUGAAGGCAUCAAGCUUCAUAAAGCUAGUCACAGUAGGGGCAGCCACUACGUCGUCACUUAACUAUGCGUUCACUACCCUGCAAGUAAAGAAGUUCUGUCGCAACCUUCGCCUCACCUGGGGUUUACGCAACUUAAAAUACUACGAGAAGCCACCAGUAGCAAUAUGUGGCCGUGGUGUAGAGUGGGAAUGGAAAACAUCCAAAUCAUGCCUGAAGCCCUCUUUGAAAGAUUUACUGCAUGAGCAGAUGGCACUACCUUAUUUCAUCCAGCAUUUGGAAUCAGCUUCUGCAUUGCCCUACAUUCGCCUAUGGCUGGAUGUUGAGAACUUCCGUACUUCUAUGCUCACCCUGGGAAACAUGACAGAGGCAACCAGCAAAUCUGAAAUAAUCUGUGAUAAUGAUAGCUGCAAAAAGGCUGAGAAUGAUCAAGCAGAAAGUGAACCUGCUUGUUCCCCAUUAUGUGCCAAUAACCACAAAGGCCUCAGCUCGAUUUCAUUAAGCCUACCUGGUGAUAAAGAUGUGAGAAGAGUGCCAAGUGCUAAGAGCCUCCAAUUGAGUAACUCGUCUCAACUGUGGGAUGUGAUUGGUCAGGAUGCAUGCCUUAUCUGUGAUCGCUACCUCCAACCCUCAAUGAGGGAGAAAGUUCCUGAUCUUCCACCAAGUCUGGCUGAGGAAGCCAUUGCCAGUUUCAUGGACCAGGAAGGAGAUCGAGGUUUGGUGGAGUUCUUGCUGGCAGGGACAAACCUGACACAGCAGCUCGCAAGUCAGGAGUUGGUCCAAGAGGAGGCACAGGGAGAUGCUAUUGUUCUGUAUGAACGCUACUUCUCCCUCCAAUCCCCUACUGCUCUGGGAUUCAGUGAUUCUGUACGACUGGCAUUAGAGGAGAACAUGUGCCAGGAUGAGGGACCAAAAUAUGAUUGCUUUGCCAUACCCAUGUCCAUUGUCACCACUGUCCUUACCAAGCACUUCUUCCCACACUUCCUCAGUUCCCAGUUAUACUAUAAGUACCUGACGGAGUUAAUCCGGGUGGUUCAGGUCCAGUAUGCCCAGCUUCCUCCAUCUACCAUCAAGAAACCAGGCUCAACAAGCAGUGAGAGCAGUGAACAGACAUGUAGCAGUGCAUCAAUUAGGAAUACACUGCUUGCCAUGGAUACAUCUCAGCCAGGAGUCCCUUUAUCUCUCAAGCGAAGUAAAGGACACUCCAAGUUCUCCUUCUCUGAUGACCCCCUAUCAAAUAACAAGUGCCUUUGGAAUCGUCCUUUAGCAGGGAAAUUGAUGACUGGACAGGUGACAGAAUUGGGUCGGUACUGCACCAAUUUAGAGCCAGACCCUGAGAGUAAAGAAGGUGAAUCAAGAUUAAGGCGGAUGAUGAAGGGAUUGAAGAAGAAGAAAAUGGAUGAGGAAGAGCUGGCAUGGCGUGUGGCUGAGAUGGUGGUCCGAGAUGUGACCAGUUAUACAUUGUGUGGCAUAUUUAGUUUGGAAGAUGAUGAAGAGGAUCCGCCGUCUGUGGUACAGGACUUUCAUAUGGCGGAACCCUGUUGUGAUGGCUCUUGGGUGUCAAUCCCAGGAAAGACAAAGAUUGGCAUACAAGUGGAAGAGGAGUCAUCAGCUGUCAUCAACCCUCUUUGUUCUUAUUUGAGAGUGGAGGUGGGUCGACUGGAAACACCGAAGAUCCAAGGGAAAUAUGACACAGGCCAGCUGUUCCUUCACUGCAUCUUUGGAUAUCGGGGUGUUAUCCUCUUUCCAUGGAUGGCACGAGUCUAUGACAGGGACAUCCCAUCAAAAAAGGAGAAGUCUGAUGAUGAUUUUGGAAACCAUGGUGGAUUGAGUCGGGAGGUGAAGGGAAGAACUCACACAUUCUAUCAAGUUCUGAUUGAUCAACGAGACUGUCCAUAUAUCAGGGCACAGACAGAAGCAGUGACAUUCCUUGGGAACCAAGAGAACUCCCGUUCCUUGUAUGCCAUCCCAGGCCUGGAUUAUGUGGCUCAUGAGGAUAUCCUUCCAUAUACAGCCACUGAAGGUCAGCCCCUGCAUCAUGAGCUUUUUGACAAGUUUCUCAAGUACGAUCCUGAUAGAGAUCCUCCCUUUGGCCCUAGGGAGACACUGAAAGCAUGGCAGGAGAAGAAUCAUCCUUGGCUGGAGCUCUCAGAUGUGCACAAGGAGACAACAGAGAAUGUGCGUGUCACUGUCAUCCCAUUCUAUAUGGGUUGUCGUGAAUCACAAAACUCAACUGUUUAUUGGUGGCGUUACUGCAUCCGACUGGAGAACCUUGGAGAGCUGUCAGUGCAGCUGAGAGAGAGACAUUGGCGUAUCUUCAGCCUGUCAGGAACCCUUGAGACUGUGCGAGGACGUGGGGUUGUUGGUCAGGAACCUGUCCUGUCAAAGCUCCAGCCUGCAUUUCAGUACAGCAGUCAUGUCUCUCUUCAGGCUCCCUCUGGACACAUGUGGGGUACAUUUCGUAUGGAACGUGAAGAUGGGUUCACGGUCAGACCAGAGGAGGUCACAAAGGAGACCCUGAUCGGGGACAUCCGUAGGUCUCAUGAUUCGUCGGAUCUGCUCCAUCGACUGAAGAUCUGGGCUCAGCCCCCCAUGGCAGCAAAAGAUCUUCUCAUCAACAAUGGCUGCCACCGGAAGGCAGUUGAAGCAGUCAGCGAACAGGAGACAGAUUGUUUCCAGACUCUGUUUCCCUCUGUCCACAUAAUCCCCAAGGAAAAGAUAAUUGGACUCAGGAGGAAAUCCACCAUACUCGAAAAGCCGCAGCAGAUCAUAGUACUGGCCAUGGGUGUCAGUUGUGGCAAGAUGGCGUUGCACAAGUGCGUGACUACCAUGAGUUCAAAGAAGGAAGAAGCUUCUGUCACAUUUUUCGUGGACGAAGAAGGCGAUCGAAACGCGCCUGCCUUCAGGACCGAGGAUGUCAUUGUCCUAGACUCCACCUCCGACUCUGACAGUGUGAAGAUUCUUCAUUCUGACUCAGAUGGAUCCAUUCAUAUCAUAGAGGAUGAUAGUGGCAGAGAUGACAGGAAGCAGAUACCAGAAUCCCUGGAUGAAGUUUGCUUUCCGGAUCGUCAGAAGCCAAAGCCCACAAAUAGCGCAGACUCUCAAGAUUUCAUCUUUUUGAGCACAUACGAAGGCCAGGUGGACCUGAGUGUGUCUUCCAACAAUGCCCCCAUUGACAUAGGCCAACUCAGUUACAAUUCUCCUCUUGGAAGAGUGGAUUCUGUGGACCCUGAAGCUUCUAAUGGACAAACUCAAAGCAGAAUUGGAAGCAAUUUGGCUCAAAAUAAUGGUCAUGAUGACCUAUCACUGGAGAGGGACCUAGAAGAUGUGGAUGGGAAAAUUGACGAGUCAAAGAAACGUAGACAGCAGCAGUUUAAUCCUUGCUUCAAUUGCGGUGGGGACCAUGCUGUGAAAGAUUGUCGGAGACCAAGAAAUCAUGCAAAGAUUGAAGAAGGGCGACGUGCUCUUCGCAUCCGUUCGACCAUGCUUUCAAAGAGGUACCAUUCAGAUGCAGAACAUUCUAAAUAUCCACAUCUGCAACCUGGGAAGAUCAGCAGUAAAUUGAGACGAGCCCUUGGGCUGAGCAGGGACCAGGUGCCAGGGUAUAUCUAUAGGAUGCGAAUUCAUGGGUAUCCCCCUGGCUGGCUCCAGGAGGCCAAGGUUGAGAAAUCCGGGCUCCGUCUCAUUGAGAGCCAAGAAGAAGGAGAGGUGCAGGAUCAUAGAACUCCAGAAUUGGAGUAUGACUUUGACAAAAUAGUGGAAUAUCCUGGCUUUAAUGUGCGACUGCCACGAGGCUAUCAUGAAGAGGGCCACAAGUAUGACUGCCCACCACAACAGGCAAUGAAUUUGAAAAAGAACUGGUCAGGCUUCAUCCGAGAAGCUGAGGAAAAAGCAAUCCUCAAGCGAAGCCUCCCACCAGAUCUUAGUGCUGGCAAGAAAGCCACUUCCUUACCCAUGGAUCUCUGUUCAUCUGACGAUGAGACCUCAUCUCAAGAUGCUCAAAAGGAGGAUUUGAAACCUGGGGGAAGCCGAUGUUUAUCACCUUCCCUCACAGACCUGGAGCUGGCCAAGCAGCAACUCAUUGCUGAACUCAAUGAGGAAUUUCUCACAUGCACAAGUGAGGGAAAAGAGGAGUUGCCUGCACUCAGAAGUCCACCACCUACCAAGCUUGCCAAGGCAGAGGGUCAGCUAGUCUCAACACCAUUGUCAGCUGGAGCUCUCAUCCCCAAGAGUCUCAGUGGACUUAAACAGCUCCCAAGUUCUGAAAAGUUCCAGUCCAACAUCAGCGACCACCUCCCAUAUGAGAACCUCCCUGACUCCACAGGGACAUAUGACCGGAUGCGAGAACUCCUCAAGAAUGUUCGCAAGGAGAUGGGAGUCAUUCAUAAGUUUGGUGCCUUCCUGACGACGGAGACUGGAGGGACGCAAGAUGUAGAGGGCAAAGGCAAUCAGGAACCAACACAGGGCAAGAAGGAUGAAGCUAUUUGGCUCCCCAAAACGGGAUGGGCGAUGAGAAAGGCACAGGCGGAUAUGGAAAGGCAAGGAGGAAAAGCGCAGCAGACCAUGGACACGUACGGUGAUGCCAUUCGCUUCUCUACAUUGCCAAUGGAUAUCAAUGAAGAUGAAUAA